CAUACGAGUCUAUGGGCGUCAUUUUUUCGGCGAAAUGAGGCGAAAAAAUUCGCCCAUCCCUACGUACAACCUAAGGGCCUAAAUGAGAAUUUCAGCUUGACUUGUUUUUUAUAAAUAACCUUUCCACUUUGAUUGACACUUUGUUUCUUUUUCACAGAUAAUCUUUGCCAGUGGGAAUAAUGAAUCAUAGAGGUAAUGGUAAAACUCCCGCUGGUCUUAAGUAGUUAAACCUAAUAUCUGGUAACCGAGUGUGUUAAUAUAUAGUAACCAAAUUGGGAUAGAAUGGUUCAAAUAUGCAUUUAUGCUUGUUUUUGGAUGUGAAACUGGACUUUGGACAAUAAUACCAGGACAUGGACUUUGAGUGUCAAGUCUCACUUUGGAACACCCUGGUGGACUAUGGGAAAUUGGGCGGGACUCUAUGUAUCCCUAUGCUUUAGAAAUGUUUGUAGCACAAAUGUUUGUAUCCUGACGAAGGGAGGGUUAAUCCCCCCGAAACGUUGAUGCACAGGUGGUCACUUUAAAUAAAAGGGGUAAGCUGCCCACCUGCAACAUACAUGGUGUUGUGCUAUUCUCUUAAAUCUUCUACAUUGUACUGACGAGUGCCGACCGUCUAGAGAGAUCUGCACCACCAGGGCAGGAAGCAUCGUGGAAAGGGUGAGAGGUGCGGUUCAUCUACACACAGAACUCCUGCGACAACUCAGCAUUCACAUGUCUGCAGGAGAGACAGCUCGGCUGGUGGGGGGGGAGUCUGAAAAUGCAAUGGUAAUCUUGAGAAUAAUGAUUUGCCGUCAGAAACUUACAAUGAAAGAUCAAUUUUUGCCCCCUGCAGGUAAUAUACUUAGAUACCUACACCAAUAAAAAUUCAAAGAUGCACCUGUUUAAAAAGUCACAACAUCAAAUUUUUUUUUCCCUGACCAGAGAUGAGGAGAGGGAUCUAAGGGCUAUCAGAUGAUAUGCUCCCUGUUUUUCCUGCGAUCUUACUAACAGCAUACACCAUUUCUUCUUGAGAAUAAUGGACCUCCCAUAUUUAUCAGAUACUACAGUUUGAAUGUUUGCUCUAGAAGUUUUUCUGAUGAGGAUGGCCACCCCGCGGGAGUAUGGAGAGUACUCUGCAUGGAAGUGUACACCGUGCAAUGGAUUGUCACAGCAUCUGCUUCUGUUCCUGCCAUUGUCACAGUCCCCCAUCGGCUAACAUUGGCAUAACAGUUUGGUGGAAUAACAUAUUGUAUUGGAGGCAAAACUCUACUCUUUCCUUUGCUCUUCCUGAGCUGCUGAGGAGACACUCACAAGCACUGAUCACAUGGGAAGAGGACAAAGCGCUAGUUAAUUACAGUAACCAUAUUAUGCUGAAUUGGGUAGUAAGGACACAGAAAAUUGAUCGCUAGACUAGGGUACAAUUUUAGUAUGUUACAAAUGUCUUUUAAAUUUACUUAUGUUUGGGGAAUGAGAUUUUUGGGUGGACAUCCUUAUAAGAAAUGAUUAUAGAGAAAUGUUAAAAAGUUUAUGGGGAUUCAUUCUAACAGUUACAGUAAAUUACGACAAGAUAAUUUCCGUCUGUUUCUAUUUGACUCAUGUGAUUCAGACUGGGAUAAUACUAAGCAAACAUCUCUGUAUACUUUUGCUUUCAGCUGUGUCUACUUUCUUGUUUUGUUUUCUAUACUGUUUGUGAACCACAACCAUCUUGGAAUGCUGUCAUUUAUGCAUAUGCACAUAAGGAAGUAGAAGUAUGUUUGUUCCACAUCAAAUUCUUUUUUAGGGCUCCUCAAAUCUAGGUGAACAUGCACAUGUAUAUUGGCAAUGCACAUCAGUCAGGACCCCCAGGUCCCUCUGUACUCAUGGGCCUCCCUCAGUGGCUUGGUCUGCUCUAUCUUUUGUUAUGCUCUAAUGUGUAUGUAUAAAGAAUGUAUGUACAUAAAAUACAAGCUAUAACUGAGGUUCAUAAGUCAAUGGUAACAUGCUACUGCUGUAUUUUGGAGGGAAAAUUUACUAAUCAGGGGAUAGUGUGUUCCUGAGAAGGUUAAAGCACUUUUAUCAGCAGCUCAGUAGAGGGGACCUAUUCCAAAGUAAUUCUAAACACAUAUUUGGAGUGGUAUGAAACACCACUAAAACAAUAUAUAUGUUUAUAUAAGGCAUGAUGUAUAGACAAGUGCUAGUAGGGCAUACACCAAUGUCAAUGCCAUUUUACCUGCUGCCAUUAUAAAUUCUGGCUACAUAUUUCCCUUGUGCAAUUCAGAAAGUGUAAUAGGUGUAAUGAAUGACAUCAAUGUACACAUUAGCAUAACCCUAUAUUUGUAUCACAUAGUGAUGAAGUGAUGUGAGUGUUUCUUAUUAUAAAGGUUCAGAAAACUACAGUAUUUCAUGAAAAGGCAUUUGAAGGCAAAAUAACUUUGCAGUUUAGCUCUGCAAUAGUUUAUACAUUGUCUCUUUUCCAGUGAAACAGACCACAUGGCAAAAUUCUAGUGUGGAUUUGUGAAAAAAAAAUAGCGAAUAUUGCAGCAAAAUUUUACAGCAUGAAAAAGAUUGCUGAUCUCUACUUACACACACUCAAAACAUUAUUUCCUCUUUCCAGCUUGUCCUAUGGGGUGCCAGUAACUUCCAUCAUAAUCUGAGGGAUGACUUUUUGUUUGGUCAUGCCCAAAGGGUUUCCAAGUAAUGACUGUAAAUUCUGUCAUCUUUUUCAGUGGCAUGCGCUUUGUCAGUAAAGAAAGCUGAUAUUUCCUUGAGUAGGGAAACAGAAUAUUCAAAUAAAGGGGAAGUUGUUUUAUUGCCAUUAUAACAUUCACUGCAUACAAUCACCUUGUUUAGCACAUCCUACUUCCUGGAAGAUGAUGCUGUUUAUAAAUGUGCUAAACGCAUGUGAGGAGAAACCUAUAAGAAGAGCAACAAGAACAUCAGCUCUGGAUUGGAGGUAGCACUGCCGGCAGGGGAGAGUUGAGUGACCCCUAUGGGAAAACGAGAUAAGCAAGUUCUAUGUCUCUGAGCUGUGGUUAUUCCAGCACUUUUCACUGUAGAGGCUGCCAGAUCCCACUACACUGCAGAAUAUGGUGGUAAAGUGAACAUGGAGUGUCAUUUCCAGGUGGGGAAAGGUUCGAAUGUAGACGAUGUGGAGGUCUAUUGGGAGUACAUUGCAGCUGAAGGUGGAAGAAAAGAAGUUAUCAAGUUAAUUAAAGGGACAGAAAACCUUUCAGCCCAGCAUGAAGACUUCAGAGGGCGUGCUAGAAUUUUAAAGGAAGAACUGUAUAAGGGACAUGCAGUCCUGCAGAUCAGCAAUGUAGAGCUGACUGAUUCAGGGCGCUAUAUUUGUAUUAUAUCAGCUAAAGGAUCCGACUACAAAUCUAUGGGUCUGACAGUGCAAGCGCAUUACAGAGAAAUAAAUACCCGAGUCACAGAUGUUAUGGAAUCCCCCGGAAAGAUGGUGAAACAGAUUGAAUGCCAGUCUAUAGGGUAUCCGGAAGCUGAGGUGACCUGGUUUCAUGCAGAAAAGAACCUGAGUUCAUUGGUCAAUACCAGCUACACGGUGACUGCUGCUAAACUCUUCAAUGUCACCAGUGUAGUUAGGGUUUCUUCUGUAUCUAAUAACACAUUUACCUGCAUGUUCUGGAAUGAAGCCUUUCAAGAAGCAACAGUUCUGACUUUCACCAUACCAGUUUCAGAUGAAAGUCAAAGCACCAAUAAAAGGAGUUUCCAGCUGUCUCUCACUUCUAUUGCUGUUGCUGCUGCACUAUGCAUAUGUAUUUGUGUUUAUAUAAAGCAAUGUGGUACUUUAAAAGCUCCUGGGAGGAACGCUCCUAUAUACAACUCGCUUCUGCCAGUACCUUCUCAGCAGUCAAGUCAAAACAGUCAAAGUAUAUCAUUCAAUUUUGAAAAUACGUAACAUAAACCUAAUAUCCAUUGGAGCAGAAGUACAGUAAUGGCAACAUCUCAAGCACAUUUCUCCAAAGAUCAUGCACUUUACAAGCAUUUGUCCUUCUACUGUAACUCUAAAGACUGUUAGACUUUCAGUGUGUAUUACCAUUCCCAAUCCAUUUCAACGGGUGGCACUGCUGCAGCACCAGAGAAAAUGGUUGUAACAAAUCAUAGUUACAUAUCAGGUUGAAAAAAGACAUCAUGCCUUUCCAUUGACAGAAACCAACAAGACAAAAAUCUUUUUGUUGUCUCACCCCCAUAAAGUUCCACUCCUUGGACUCUUUGGGAACACCAUCUCUACAAUCAGCUUGCAUUUACAAGCUCUUUCUUCCUUCAUCACAUUUGUUUAACUGGCUCCUGGGGCAAAUUCUACAAAUCUACUUUUUUAACUAAAAUGUUCUGGUUCAUUUAGAAGGGUAACUAAAACCUAAUUUUGUAUUCAUUUGCUUCCCAAUAUUCAUUUUGAUGUACAAGAUGUGUGUUGUUACUCAAGGUGUAAAUGAUAUAUAGGGCACAUGUAGGGAAGGCUGCUGUAUUUGGAGCAGAAGUAUCUGUCAAUGUUCAAUAUUAUGUGCAAUUUCAGAAUAUUAUAUUUUGCUGUCAAGAAAUUAAGAUAUUUAAUACAGUAUAUAGUAAUAAAGGUUUAUUUUUGUAUUUG